AAGAAUCUAAAAGAACAUGGAUCCAUGAAAAUAGAUACUGGAAAUAGAACAGUUUUACUCAACGGUAUCCAUCUUGAUUCCCUUCUCCCGUUUUAAGAUACCUGAGGCACUUUAAGCAGAGAAGGGUGUCAGCAAUAUUUGCCAAUUUUUAGUGGGGGAUAUGUGAUCUGCUCCUUCAAAAGACAUCUGUGUAUUGGGUUUCAGGGCAAGGUGCUAUUUUCAGAAUCCAGGUAGAAUCUAACACAGUAAAACAAUGCCAAGGGAAAAGGAAGGAAAACAAAAACCUAAAGGAACACCCCUGCCCAUCGUUCCAAUUCUUUGGAAGUUCCUGAAAACGUAUGAAAAGCUCUGUGCCCAGACGCAGACAUCUGUGUGUCCAGCCAUCAGACAGGACUUGAAAACCAGCAUCAACAACGAACAGGUUCUUCGGAAAUUUAUGCUUGUAAGACCUGAAGACUCCCCAACAAGCGUCCUACCCAUUUCCUUAGAACCUUUGCUCAUGACAAUUCGAGAUGAGUGUUAUAUGCUGGGGAAAGAGAUCUGUAUCUGGAGCCUUCAACUGAGCAACCCAGAGAUUGCCAGACUGGCUUCGCUUCUGGAGUUGAAGGGGAGUGCCGCCUGCCCCUUUACCAGCCUGGAGCUCACUGACUGCAGGAUGGAUCUGUGGUCUCUCCAGAGACUCGGGAGGGCUCUGCCACGCAGCCAUCUGCGCUCUCUCGUCCUCGAUUACAGCAGAUUUGGAAAGGAAGAACUUGAGAGUCUUUUCUCAGGCCUGGAGAACAACCAGAGGCUUCAAGCCCUCAGUCUGCGCUACUGUGGUCUGGGGCCACAGAGCGGACCCUGGCUGGGUACCAUCAUAUGCCAGACCGCCAUCAGUGAGCUGCACCUCGACGGCAAUUUCUUACAAUGUUCUGGAGCUCUGGCUCUCCUCAGACCCAUUGCAGAGUAUGCAGAGAUGCAGGGGAGAAAGCAGCCAGCCACAGCCCCACCAGACCCUGGGAGUCCCCCUCAUCAGCUGCAGGGAAUCAAGAAAAAAAUUAAAGAUUUGACUGAAGCUGGUCCUUGGUUAGUGAAGUUGUAUCUGGCAGAUAAUGGCAUAGACAGAAGAGGAAAAGAAGGAGAAAAUGGCUUGUUAGAAUUCACUCAAAUUUUAACAUGCCUGAUCACAUACUCUGCUCACUUACGGGAAAUUGACCUCAGAAACAAUGUCCUGGGAGAGAUGGCUGCUGCUGACAUACUUGAAGCACUGAGAGCCAGAAAGACAGGUAAACUCCCAGUCUUAAAAAUUACAGUCACUCCUCAAAUAUCUUCUGAUACCUUCAGAUCUAUUUGGAAAAAUAGCAGGAAAUCUAGGAUUACCAGUAAAAAGAAGAAGCAGGGUAAAAACUGAAUAUGGAUGUUCUAUAUCUUUAUGGAUGCUCUCUGUUUCCAUGGCCAACUGGACAUGUGUAGAAAGAUCUUGUUUGUUCUAUAAUAAGAGUUUUCACUGGAGGGGCACCUGGGUGGCUCAUUGGGUUAA